GCACUGUUAUCAGUGUUUUACAUUUCCCUUUUAUACAUAAUUUUAAUUUAUUGAUAUCAAUAUUUUUAUUCUAUUUCAUAUCCUCCUCCUGGCAUGUUUUGAAUUAAGUUCAAGGAAUUAUUAAAAAAAGAGAAAAAUUAUCAAUCGUAAAUGUUAAAUGCUUUCUAAUCUAGAAGAUGUAAAAGUAAUAAGAAAGUUUUAAUUUUUUGUACAGAAUUUGGUUUGAAUUAUUCAGAGGUAAUAAUACCAGACAUUAGUUGAGACCAUGGAGUGAAUAAAAAGAUGUAUUUAUUUAUUUAUUAUUAUUAUUGUUGUUGUUGUUGUUGUUGUUAUUUUACUAUGUAUUUUAUUUAUGAUUGAUUUCUUCAUAUGCAGUCUAUGGUUGAGACUGGUAGCUCCAGUAAUGCUUGAUGUGUCCCAGCUUCUUUGAACUAGCCUUCGGCUCUGCGUUUGUCCCGGGAAUCGUCUUGUUUCCGGGUGUCGUGCGCGGCUCACCUGUGGACGCACCUGUCUUAAAUGGACUGAAAUCUGAACGGAGUUUGGUGCAGCGUCUCGCCGUUAGCUUCUAACAGACUCAAAGAAAACAGCGCGUGGGGACGUCACCUCGGACUUCAGGAAAAUGUGGAGAAGCCCCGGAGGACAUGCCGGGGUUUGUGGCUUUGUUGGCCGCGUUUGCAGUCCUCUCGGCCGAGUUAAGGAGCUCCGGGACCGCCGUGCAGAUGCAGAGCUCCGCAGCCGUGCAGGAGGAGGGGGCAGCGGGAGCGGGGAACAGCUCCGCGGUGGUCCGGGUGGAGAGCUCCGGGGACGGGGACCGAGGAGCGGGGCGGGCCGGCUGUCCUGGCCGCUGUCGGUGCGAGGUGGACGGGCUGCUGCACCGGGUGGACUGCUCGGACCUCGGGCUCCGGGAGAUACCGAGCAACCUGAGCGUCUUCACAUCUUACCUUGAUCUCAGUAUGAAUAAUCUGACUGUGCUGUCCAGUGGAGCUCUGACCAACCUGCACUUCCUGGAGGAGCUGCGUUUGGCGGGAAACGAUCUGUCAUUCAUUCCCAGAGGAGCGUUCACCGGCCUCUACAACCUCAAAGUGUUGAUGCUUCAGAACAACCAGCUGAUGUCUGUACCUGCGGAGGCCUUCAACAACCUGCACAACCUGCAGUCACUCCGCCUGGACGCCAAUCACAUCUCCAGCGUUCCCAUUGGCUGUUUCUCCGGCCUUCGCUCUCUGCGUCACCUGUGGUUGGACGAUAACUCUCUGACGGAGGUGCCGGCGGCGGCCCUGAGCGAGCUGCCCGCGCUGCAGGCCAUGACGCUCGCCCUCAACCACAUCAGCCACGUCCCCGAUCACGCCUUCAGCAAGCUGGGCCGCCUGGUGGUGCUGCAUCUCAACAACAAUAGGAUCGUUUCCAUGGGAACGAACUGCUUCCACGGACUCCACAGUUUGGAGACGCUAGAUUUGAACUACAACAGUCUGGUCGAGUUUCCGACAGCUAUCCGCUCGCUCAGUCACCUCAAGGAACUUGGUUUCCAUAGCAACAACAUCCAGACCAUCCCGGAGCACGCCUUCACUGGGAACCCGUCGCUGAUCACCAUAUUUUUCUACGACAACCCGAUCCAGUCUGUCGGAAGAUCUGCCUUUCAGAACCUCCCGGAGCUACGAACACUCUCUCUGAACGGAGCAGCAGAUCUCACCGAGUUUCCAAAUUUGACGGGAACCAAGAGCCUGGAAAGCCUGACCAUCACAGGAGCUCGGAUCACCUCUCUGCCCAGUUCGGUGUGUGAACAGCUUCCAAACCUUCAGCUGCUGUGA